UCAUGCUUCGUUCUUCCCCCUAUUUUUCUCUCCUCUGGACAUAAUAAAACAAUUUUUGCAAGCUUUUCAUAUUGGACUAUCAGUCUGGCUUUAAAUCAGCUUCUCCUGGUUUUCAACUGAUUGUUUUUCAAUAAGCUGGGAGUCUUCAUUCUGACAUGGAGGACCCCGAUAUACGACAACAGAAGCUGGACAACCAGAGAACCCUUCUGAUCAAAAAGCAGCAGAAGAAGAGAGCCGACUCUCAAAUGGUCGUGGCCAAUCGGGACGCUCGCCAAAAGAACCGAAAGCACAAAGCCCGCUCCGACGAGACGCCUCUGCUCAUCAGCCAGUCCCUCAGCAGCACUUCUCUGAGCGAUCAAGUGGAGCACGCUCACGAUAACCCUCUGGAUGAGAUCACUCUGGGUGAAAGUGACGUGACCACGGACGUGACGCUGGUCGAGCUGCCUUCAGAGAUUCCCGCCACUCCAAAGAAAAUGAACCUGGAAAUAGACCAUGAGCCCGAGGCCAACCGAGAGGAGGAGAACGAAGCCCGGGCGGACGUGAAAAAGACAAAGAAGAAAGAGGGGAAAAAAGAAAAAGCCAAACAGGUGGAACAGGCGGAGGAAGAAGAUAAAGAAAAGGACAAAGACAAGGAGAAGAAGGAGAAAAAAACAAAGAAGAAAGAUAAAGUCAAAGAAUGUGGAGACACACAGAAGACAAACAAGACAACCAAGCAAGACCGGAAAAAGAAACACACACAGGAGGCUCCGGCCCCGGAGGCCGAUUCAGUGUUUGAGGAGGCGAGUCCCAAGGAGAACAAGGACGAUGAAGGUGAUGAGGAAGAGGAGGGGAAGCCCCAGAGGCCCGCUCCUCAAUCACCCAAGAAGAAGAAGCAGCUCGACACUACCAGGUGCCAAAUCAGCGACGAGAGCAAAGACGACGAAGCCCAAGAGAAGGAGAAGAAGGAAAAGAAGUCCAGCAAGGCGGAGAAAACCACACAAAGUCUGGCUUCUCUCAACUCCAACUACAGGGAAAGUUCAUCCGCCAGCAGCGAAUCUAACGACAGAUCGACGUCUCCACUGUCGGUGGAGGAUCUGGAGAAGUUCGCCCUGCGUCCUGCUCCCAGAGACGUGACCGUCCAGUGCAGGGUGACCAGGGACAGGAGGGGCAUGGAGAAGGGGCUCUACCCGACUUACUACCUCCACAUGGAGAAGGAGGACGGCAAAAAGGUCUUUCUGAUGGCGGGCAGGAAACGGAAAAAGUGCAAAACAUCCAACUAUCUCAUUUCCACUGACCCUACAAAUCUGUCCAAAGACACAACCUGUUACAUCGGAAAACUCAGGUCCAAUGUUCUGGGUACCAAAUUCACCGUGUACGACGGAGGGGAAAACCCAGAGAAAAAACCCUUCGUCAAAGAGAGUGAGUCGGUGCGGCAGGAGCUGGCAGCGAUCUGCUACGAGACCAACGUGCUGGGAUUCAAGGGUCCCAGGAAAAUGACGGUGAUCAUUCCCGGCAUGCUGGAGAAUGACGAGAGAGUAGAGAUCCACCCUAAGAACGAUCUGGAGACGCUGCUGAUGCGCCACGCCAACGGAAACACGGACAAGCUGGUGACCCUGGUCAACAAGUCGCCGAGCUGGAACGACCAGACCCAGUCGUACGUGCUCAACUUCCACGGCCGCGUCACCAAGGCCUCGGUGAAGAACUUCCAGAUCAUUCACCCCGAUAACGAGGACUACAUCGUGAUGCAGUUCGGCCGGCUCGCCGAGGACGUGUUCUCCAUGGAUUACAGCUUCCCCAUGUGUGCCCUGCAAGCCUUCGCCAUCACCCUCUCGUCCUUCGACGGCAAGCUGGCCUGUGAGUGAC